CCCACGUCAGGGGAGCUAGGGAUAAAUAGGUCGCGCCAUGGCCGAGCCGACCGCGCUCCGAGCUGCCCGGGCGGUGCGCGCCCCCGAGGCCGAGCGCACCGUGCUCCCGACGGCAGAUCUCUGCAGAAGUGGGACGGGGACCUCUCCGGCGACCCCGAGGACUUGCUCCGGAUCCUCCUGCACCUCUCGGGAGGCUCGGUUGUAGAGGUCCGGCGGGCCACGGAGCGUGAAAGCAGCGCCAUGGUCCCUUGCGUGCUCGCCGCGCUGCUCCUCUGGUUGCGCCUGGCGCCAGGCGUGCGCGGCGCGCCCUGCGAGGCGGUGCGCAUCCCCAUGUGCAGCUCGAUGCCCUGGAACCUCACGCGGAUGCCCAACCACCUGCACCACAGCACGCAGGAGAACGCUGUGCUGGCCAUCGAGCAAUACGAGGAGUUGGUGGACGCCAACUGCAGCGCUGUGCUGCGCUUCUUCCUCUGCGCCAUGUACGCGCCCAUCUGCGCGCUAGAGUUCCUGCACGACCCGAUCAAACCUUGCAAAUCCGUGUGCCAGCGCGCGCGCGACGGCUGCGAACCGCUCAUGAAUCGCUACAACCACAGCUGGCCGGAGAGCCUAGCCUGCGACGAGCUGCCCGUCUACGACCGCGGCGUGUGCAUAUCGCCCGAGGCCAUCGUCACGGACCUCCCGGAGGAUGCAAAGUGGCUGGAUGUCACCCCAGAUAUGAUGGUGCAGGAGAGGCCCCUGGAUGCAGACUGCAAACGCCUCAGCCCAGAUCGGUGCAAGUGUAAGAAAGUGAAGCCAACUUUGGCAACAUACCUGAGCAAGAACUACAGCUACGUUAUUCAUGCUAAAAUAAAAGCCGUGCAGAGGAGCGGCUGUAAUGAAGUCACAACCGUGGUGGAUGUCAAAGAGAUCUUCAAGUCCUCGUCCCCUAUCCCUCGAACCCAAGUCCCGCUCAUCACGAAUUCUUCCUGCCAGUGUCCUCACAUCCUGCCCCAUCAAGACGUCCUCAUCAUGUGUUACGAGUGGCGUGCAAGGAUGAUGCUUCUUGAAAAUUGCUUAGUAGAAAAAUGGAGGGAUCAACUUAGUAAAAGAUCCAUACAGUGGGAAGAGAGACUUCAGGAACAGCGGAGAACAGUUCAGGACAAGAAGCGGACAGCUGGACGCACCAGUCGUAGUAACCCUCCCAAACCGAAGGGGAAGCCACCUGCUCCCAAACCCGCCAGCCCUAAGAAGAACAUCAAAGCUAGAAGUGCACAGAGGAAGACAAACUCGAAACGAGUGUGAGCUAACUGCUUUCAGAAAUGGAGACUUCCUUACAGCAUGAGGCCGGGCAUUGCCUGGAACGGCUGAUGUGAGGCCACACAUCCCUUGCCUUGCGGAUUUUUGCAGUCCUGUUCAUAGACACAUCUUGCAGCAUUCUCUUUAAUGAUUUGCUUCCAUUUUUCCUUUUAAGCCACUGCAAGCCAUAUGGGUGGCUGGCGCUCUGGGAUGGCAGGUAUAAUAAUUAAGGCUGGUCAGAAGCAUUUUUUUUGUAUUGAGAGUGGCCCAGGUACACACUCUUGUGGCCUCUGUUUUGGGGAAAUAGGCUUUUGUUCUUCCUGUUUGACCUAAUAUGCGCAUUGUAAAAUUAAUGCCAUAUUUGAAACGAAACACUUUAAUUUUUUAACAAAAUAUUUUAUUUCUUAGAACCUUAGUGACAUUUUAAAAUGUGACUGAAAAUGUGCUUCUGAAGAGAGCAAGAGAAAUGAAUGUCAAAGAGAUCUUUAUAGGUUUCUUAUCUGCAGGAGGGAUGGGGAUUGUUUGAAAAACUCUGGAGAAGUAGGGUGUGGAAAAUUGUAAUGGGUGUUUGUAAGAAAACUUCCAGCUCUGUGUUUAGUUAGAAACUCUUAAGAACUAAAUAAUGACAAAUAAACAGGAGAGGCAGAGAGACA